CCCCAGAGUGGCCUAUGACUCAAGUCAGCUGCCCUCCCCAGACAGAACUUUGAGCCUCUCUGGAAGCCUAGGUUAAGCAUCUUUAUCCGACAACUCUUCCACAAGACCCCUUGAUCUCUCACCACUGCAGUCUGGGAAGGACUAAAGCAUCCCCACCCCCAGGAGGUCUGUCCCUGUCCUCAAAGUCAGACACCUUUCUGCCACUUUGGGCAUCAGGCUGCAGGUAUGUGCAACAGCUACCACCUUCCGGUCAACCGGAACCUUUCCCAGAGCGACUGCAGCGGUGUGGGACGUGCCUCGGCGGAGUUCCUGGGGGUGGUACCUGACCGGAGUGGCGGCUGCUCUAUCCAAUAGGAAGGGACAUUAUUGGCUCAGACGCCAAUGAGAACUCUGGCGAGGAAGAAGCGGUGAUCUGAGCAUGGAGGCGCCGACUUAGCAGCAUGGGUCUCUGUCUGAGGUGGCGCCGGCUCGGGCUCCGGCUCCCGGGGUUCCGCGGCUGCGGGCUGCACACAGUGCAUGAGGCCCCUGUGCCGACUCCUCCACAUUGGUUGGCAGAGCGAUGCGGCCUUUUUGAGGAGCUAUGGGCUGCUCAGGUGAAAAGGUUAGCAAGUAUGACACAGAAGAACCCCAAGGCUAUUAAGAUCUCACUUCCUGAAGGCCAGAAGGUUGAUGCUGUUGCAUGGAACACAACCCCUUACCAACUGGCCCGGAAGAUCAGCUCAACACUGGCUGAAAACGCAGUAGCUGCUGAAGUAAAUGGAGAACUUUAUGAUCUGGAACGACCCUUGGAAACAGACUGUCACCUCAGAUUCCUGACCUUUGACUCCCCAGAAGGCAAAGCGGUAUUCUGGCACUCCAGCGCCCAUGUCCUGGGUGCAGCAGCUGAGCAACAACUGGGUGCUGUCCUCUGCCGAGGUCCAAGCACAGAGUCUGGCUUUUACCAUGAUUUCUUCCUGAGAAAAGAGCGGACAGUCCGCAGCUCAGAGUUGCCCCUUUUAGAGCGGACUUGUGAGGAGAUCAUAGCUGCUGCACAACCAUUCCGGAGGCUAGAGGCUUCUCCAGAUGAGCUUCGCCAGCUCUUCAAGGAUAACCACUUUAAGCUUCGUCUGAUCGAGGAGAAAGUGACAGGUUCUACAGCCACAGUGUAUGGGUGUGGAAUGUCAGUUGACCUCUGCCGGGGCCCCCAUCUUCGGCACACCGGACAGAUCGGAGCGCUGAAGCUGCUGACGAACUCCUCAGCCUUGUGGAGGUCCUCAGGAGCACCGGAGACACUGCAGAGAGUCUCAGGAAUUUCUUUCCCCAAGGCAGAGUCACUGAGGGACUGGGAGGCACAGAGGGAGGCAGCAGAGCUAAGAGACCACAGACGCAUCGGGAAGGUACAGGAGCUCUUCUUCUUCCAUGAACUGAGCCCAGGGAGCUGCUUUUUUCUGCCACGGGGGACAAGAGUCUAUAAUGCCCUGGUCACUUUCAUCAGGGCUGAGUACGCCCGACGUGGUUUCUCAGAGGUGAAAACUCCCACGCUGUUUUCUACAAAACUCUGGGAACAGUCAGGGCAUUGGGAGCAUUAUAGGGCAGACAUGUUUUCCCUGAAGCCCCCAGGCACUAACGGUCCUGACAGCUCUCAGAGUGGCCACCCUUCCAGGUGUCCCAAAGACACACUUGCUCUCAAGCCCAUGAAUUGCCCUGCACACUGCCUGAUGUUCGCCCACCGGCCCAGAUCCUGGCGGGAACUGCCUGUACGACUGGCUGAUUUUGGAGUCCUGCAUCGCGCUGAGGCCUCUGGCAGUCUGGGAGGAUUAACAAGGCUAUGGCGCUUCCAACAGGAUGAUGCUCACAUCUUCUGUGCGCCAAAUCAGCUGGAAGCAGAGAUCCGAGGAUGCCUUGAUUUUCUUCGAUCUGUUUAUGCUGUUCUUGGUUUUUCCUUCCGCCUGGCUUUAUCUACCCGGCCAUCUGGCUUCCUAGGGGAGCCUCGCCUAUGGGACCAGGCCGAGCAGGUGCUACAACAAGCCUUGGAGGAAUUUGGAGAACCCUGGGACCUUAACCCUGGAGAUGGCGCUUUCUAUGGGCCUAAGAUUGAUGUGCACCUCCAUGAUGCCCUGGGUCGGCCCCAUCAAUGUGGAACAAUCCAGCUUGACUUCCAGCUGCCACUGAGAUUUAAUCUUCAGUACAAGGGGCAGGCAGGUUCCCUGGAGCAUCCGGUCCUUAUUCACCGAGCAGUGCUUGGCUCUGUGGAAAGGAUGUUGGGAGUGCUGGCAGAAAGCUGUGGGGGGAAAUGGCCCCUGUGGCUGUCCCCAGUCCAGGUGGUGGUCAUCCCUGUAGGGACAGAGCAAGAGGAAUAUGCCAGGCAGGUACAGCAAUGCCUACAGGCUGCAGGGCUGGUCAGUGACCUCGAUGCUGACACUGGACUGACCCUCAGCCGGAGAGUCCGCCGGGCCCAGCUUGCCCACUACAAUUUUCAGUUUGUGGUUGGCCAGAGAGAGCAGAGUAAGAGAACAGUGAACGUACGGACUCGAGAUCGCCGGCAGCUGGGGGAGCGAGGCCUGGCCGAGUCUGUGCAGAGGCUGCUGGAGCUACAGAAUGCCAGGGUCCCCAAUGCGGAAGAAAUGUUCUGAGUCUUUGUGCACUGGUGAGGCACAGACUCAUGAAAGUCGUCUGUCCAUUACCAUGGGGAUCCCAACCCAGCUGGCAGCCCAGAAUGUCCCUGACUCCUCAGAACUGCCUUCCUGAAAAUACACUUGGUUUGGGGGGUCCUGCACGGGAAGGAAAGACAAACUGUUUGCAUGGGAGGGGAAUAAAAAAUAAACUUGAAGCC